CUUUAGUUGAAGCAGACCAGUUCGAGUCUCAAGCACUAUAUUAUUCUUCAGCUACAUAUGAAAAGCGUCUUCCAGCUCGUGUUGAUCAUCACUGCUUUGACAUUGCUUUCCCAUGCAGUGAAGGAUGAUGUUGAAAGGAGGCUGGAGCAGAUUCUACAGCCGAGAAUUCUAAUGCAUAACCCGUGCGAUAAAUGCCCCCACACCUGCGUAUGCCCGGCGACCAUAGAUCCUGCUCCAUUUUGUUAUUGUCCACAUGACAAAUGAGUGAGGAGUUGAGAAGCGUAUCGCAUGAAUAGCGAACAUUGGUUCAAUCUCAUUCAAUGACGGUUCACUAGCAGUCAUUGUCGAGAACCUUGAUGACCUGGUCGUUAUCAUUCGUCAUUCUCUCUUCAUUCGUCAUUCUAUCUUCAUUCAUCUUUUCGCUCGAUGAGUUUCCAGGCUGCUUGCG